CAAACACCCCAGUAAUGCAAACCCACCCACCAUUUUGUGCUUCUUUCUGUGUGCAAGAAAGGUAAAAGCUUUCACACACCAAGAAAAGUAGCCAUGGCUGCUUGCUCAAGAACUUCUCUUUUGCUCCUUUUCUUUCUCUUUGGAUUCUCCGCAGCUAAGGAACUAUUGGUUGGAGGCAAAAUAGAUGCUUGGAAGAUUCCAUCUUCUGAAUCAGAUUCCCUCAAUCAAUGGGCUGAAAGGUCUCGUUUCAGAGUCGGCGAUCAUCUUGUGUGGAAAUAUGAGAAUGGGAAGGACUCAGUGUUGGAAGUAACAAGGGAAGAUUAUGCCAAUUGCAGCACAUCCAAGCCCAUCAAAGAGUACAAUGAUGGAAACACAAAGGUGAAGCUAGAGCAUGCUGGUCCAUUCUACUUCAUAAGUGGAGCAAAGGGGCACUGUGAGAAGGGACAAAAGUUGAUUGUGGUGGUUAUGUCUCCAAGGCACAUUAUUUCUCCAGCACCUUCUCCAACAGAGUUCCACUUUGAGGGUCCCGCUGUAGCUCCUACUAGCAGUGCCACAACGUUUCAAGUUGGCCUACUCACUGCUCUUGGAGUUUUGGCCAUGUAUGUGGUUUUUCUCAAGUAAAUGAGACUCACCUUUGCGUUUUGGGGGGUCUAUUAUUAGGUUUGUAUGUGGGUUUUCUCAUGUGAAUGAGAGUUACCCCCAUCUCAUGGUGAAGUUCUCAUGAUUUGUGGACCUUAUUCUUUUUGUAGUGAAUAUAUAAUAUUUUUUCAAAAAAAAUAUAUAAAUCAAAGUAUGAGAAAGCCCCUUCCUUUUCA